CAAAACUCUCACAAGAAAACCCCAAAAAUGGACGAACUUUGCUACGUCAUCUUCAUCAUCUUCUCCCUGCUAUCCUGCGCUUUCUCUCCCUUAUCAUACGCUUCUCCGGCCACUUUCAGUCGCCGUCACCUUCUACAAGCUCCUCCUACUGAUCCUUCCACAUUCUCGCCGCCGUUCUUCCCACUUUACAGCACCUCUCCUCCUCCUUCUCCACCGCAGCCUCUUCCGCCUCCUGCCCCCACUUUUGCGACAUUCCCGGCGAACAUCUCCGCCCUCGUCCUCCCUCGCUCUCCUAAACCGCAAACUUCUUCCCGUACACUCCUUAUCCCUGCUAUCUCCGCAGUGCUCGCCGUCGCAACACUAAUCGCCUUGGCCUUCUUUCUCUACGGACGGUGGCGAGGACAAAUCCGUCAUUUCAAAGACGAAUCCAAGAGCUUAGCUUCAGACCAAUCCCAACAACAAACUCUUCCAUGUCCCCCUCCAAGGAACAACACCACUGAAAACAAACUCUCUGUGGCUCCUUCUACCUCCGAUGUUCUCUACCUCGGCAACGUCGUCACUUCCUCCGGGUCGGGUUUCGUCAAACCGGAGUCACCGGAGAUCUCUCCUCUCCCGCCAUUACCUGCUCGUAGCUUCCUCCUGCAACAUAACCCUGAAGCUAAUCUUGAUGACGAAGAAGAAGACGACGACUUUUACUCGCCUCUCGCGUCUGUAGCUGGUCAAGAAUCACGAGACCGAAGAAUCAAUCCGUACAGUAACUGCUCUUGCUCUAUCUCUUCACACUCGGAUUCUCCGGCAAUGUCACCGUCCGCUACGAUUUCUCCGCCGAUGAACUCUACGGCUCCUCAUUGGUCAACUACUCAAAACCCUCAGUCUCCAUCGUCGCCGGAGAGAACAGUAAGGAACAACAAGAGAUAUGGUGGACCGUCUCUGAGAAUGUUUAGCCUCUGGAAUCAAAAUCUAGGGUUCCCAAGAAUUUCCUCUGCUUCUACUUCACCAGAGAGAGGUAUGAUUAGAACUCCUGACGCAUACGCUCGUUCUUCUAUGUACUCUUCAGUUUCCACCACACCGGAUCGGUUUUUCCGGAAGGUUCUUGAUAGUUCGCCGCCGAGAUGGAACGAUUUCAGUCGAAAUGUCAAGUCUUUGUUUCUUUCUUCAGCUUCGGCGUCACCAGCUAGAGAUUUUUGUAUCAACAUCUCUGAGUCUUCAAGAAGUUUGAAAUCUUCUUGGGAAAAUCCAGAGCUUGAUACAACUGAACAGAGAGAAUCGGCUGCUGCUGUUACUCUUCCUCCUCCACAACGGCCACCGCCGGCAAUGCCGGAGCCGCCUCCUCUUGUGCCACCGUCACAGUCUUUUAUGGUUCAGAAAUCUGGAAAAAAGCUAUCUUUCUCCGAGUUACCACAGACUUGUUGGGAAGGAACAACAGAGCGACCAAAGCCAAAGCUAAAACCUCUGCCUUGGGACAAAGUCCGACCAAGUUCUCGCCGGACAACUACAUGGGACCGUCUUCCGUACAACUCUUCAAAUGCUAACUCAAAACAGAGAAGUCUUAGCUGUGAUCUUCCGAUGCUAAAUCAAGAGAGCAAAGUUUUAGAUCCAAGAAAGAGUCAAAAUGUUGCUAUUCUGCUUACAACUCUUAAGCUCACCACCAAUGAUGUUUGUCAGGCCCUUCGAGAUGGUCACUAUGAUGCACUUGGAGUUGAGCUUCUUGAGAGUUUAGCAAGAGUGGCACCAAGCGAAGAAGAAGAGAAGAAGUUGAUUAGCUAUAGUGAUGAUUCAGUGAUCAAGCUUGGCCCAUCAGAGAGGUUUCUCAAGGAAUUGCUCAAUGUGCCUUUCGUGUUCAAACGGGUUGAUGCAUUGCUCUCUGUUGCUAGUUUUGACUCCAAAGCCAAACAUUUAAACACAUCAUUCGGCGUUAUACAGGCUGCUUGUGAGGCACUGCGAAAUAGCAGAAUGUUAUUGAGACUUGUUGGAGCUACCUUGGAGACAGGAAUGAAGAGCGGGAAUGCUCAUGACUUCAAACUUGAGGUGCUCCUCAAGCUUGUCAAUAUCAAAUCGUUAGAUGGAAGAACCAGUAUCUUGGAUUCUGUUGUACAGAAGAUCACUGAAUCAGAAGGCAUCAAAGGGCUACAAGUUGUCCGAAAUCUCAGUUCAGUUCUUGACGAUGUCAAGAAAUCUGCAGAAUUGGACUACGGUGUUUUAAGAAGCGAUGUCUCAAAGCUUUAUGAAGAAGUUCAGAAAAUUAGUGAGGUUCUACUACUGUGUGAGGAGGCUGGACAUAAUGAGGAGCACCAAUGGUGGAAAUUCAGGGAGUCGAUGACCCGAUUCUUGGAAACUGCUGCAGAGGAGAUUAAAAAGAUUGAAAGAGAAGAAGGUUCCACGCUCCUUGUAGUGAAAAAGAUAACAGAGUAUUUCCAUGUUGAUCCAGCAAAGGAAGAAGCUCAACUAUUGAAAGUAUUCGUAAUCGUGAGAGACUUUUUAAAAAUUCUAGAGGGAGUAUGCAAGAAUAUGGAGGUGACUAGUAGUACUCUGGCUUAGAUUUCUUGUGUCAUAAAGAUCCUAGGAUCUG